AUGCAUUUCCAACUUACUUCCAUCCUAGCCCUCAUUGUAUCUGUUUCUGCCAUAGGAACAAUUCAAUACUUCGACAGCUACGACUGUUCAGGCGAGAGUAGCUCGGAUGGAUACAAGGACUAUGACUGCCACCAGCUUCGCUCCUACCACUCUUUUCUCGCCAGUCCCGGUGAAGGCGAAGAAAUUGCCAUUCUGGGACACAGUGAUUGCACAUUUGGUACUGCAGCCAAGGUCGUGACCCAGGCUCCUGGUAUGUGUGUGAAUGAGACGGGAUGGGCCUCGUUCAGGCUCGAAGAGAAAGGGUCUUUGUGA